GGGAGGAGUCGGGGGCGGGGCUGGAGCCCGCGCCGGCGGAUGACGUCACCCACGCUUCCGGCCGGAGCGGGCCUGGCAGCGGCGGGACCGCGUCACUGGGGCGCGCCGCGGGUCCGGGCGCGAUGGCGGCGCUGGGCGGGGAUGGGCUUCGCCUGCUGUCGGUGUCGCGGCCGGAGCGGCAGCCCGAGUCGGCGGCUCUGGGCGGUCCAGGCCCCGGUUUGUGCUGCUGGGUGUCCGUGUUCUCUUGUCUCAGCCUCGCCUGCUCCUAUGUGGGCAGCCUCUACGUCUGGAAGAGCGAGCUGCCCAGGGACCAUCCUGCCGUCAUCAAGCGGCGCUUCACCAGUGUCCUGGUAGUGUCAAGUCUCUCGCCCCUCUGCGUGCUACUCUGGAGGGAACUUACAGGCAUCCAGCCAGGCACAUCCCUGCUCACCCUGAUGGGAUUCAGGCUGGAGGGCAUUUUUCCAGCAGCGCUGCUGCCCCUGCUGCUGACCAUGAUCCUUUUCCUGGGCCCACUGAUGCAGCUCUCUAUGGAUUGCUCCUGUGACCUGGCAGAUGGGUUGAAGGUUGUCCUAGCCCCUCGCUCCUGGGCCCGCUGCCUCACGGACAUGCGCUGGCUGCGGAACCAAGUGAUCGCCCCCCUGACAGAGGAGCUGGUGUUCCGGGCCUGCAUGCUGCCCAUGUUAGCACCGUGCACAGGCCUGGGCCCUGCUGUGUUCACCUGCCCACUCUUCUUUGGAGUUGCCCAUUUUCACCACAUUUUUGAGCAGCUUCGUUUCCGCCAGAGCAGUGUGGGGAGCAUCUUCUUGUCUGCAGUGCUGGGGCAGGAAGGGCAUGCAGGUGUGGUCACUCGAGGCCUCCCCGUCUCCAGCGUUCCAGUUCUCCUACACAGCUGUCUUCGGUGCCUACACUGCUUUCCUCUUCAUUCGCACAGGACACCUGAUUGGGCCGGUUCUCUGCCACUCCUUCUGCAAUUACAUGGGCUUUCCUGCCGUAUGUGCAGCCCUGGAGCAUCCGCAGAGGUGGCCCCUGCUGGCAGGCUAUGCCCUGGGUGUGGGACUCUUCCUGCUUCUGCUCCAGCCCCUCACGGACCCUAAGCUCUACGGCAGCCUUCCCCUUUGUGUGCUUUUGGAGCGGGCAGGGGACUCAGAGGCUCCCUUGUGCUCCUGACCCACGCUCCUGUACACACUCCUAUGAACUCUCAUGGGCUUCCCAGCCCCUCCCCAUCAAGGGGUACUGCAGGGGAGGAGCUGGCUGGGGUCCCCGAGAACUCAGGAAUUUUUGUAGGGGAUUGAAGCCAGAGCUAGUUGAAUCCCAGGGACCAAGAGAAAGGAGUAGAUAUCCAAAGGAUGUGGCCCCUCUUGAAAGGGGGUUGAGGAGCAGCCGGGAGUGAGGGGACAAGGGGCAGGUCCCAGGAGCCGUGCACUCCCUUCCUCACUUUGGACUGUUGCUUCUCUGAGCUGCUCUGUCCCCCCUGCCUCUGAAAAGCUGCUCGGGGGUGGAAUUUACAAAAACCCUCCCCCCACCUUCCCAGGGUUUUCUCAUUGUCUUUUUGCAUCAGGACUUUGUAUUGGGAUAUUAAAGAGAUUUAACUUGGGUAACAUGGCCUUGGACCUUUGGGAAUUAGUCUCUUUGGGGUUUUGGGAAUAUGCCCCCCACCUGGUCCUGGCUACCUUGAACACUAACCUCUAGGCAGGUAAGCCUGGUAGGCAUAGUUCCCUGAAGUACCAGACAGGAUAGGAGCCCGUGGUUGCCCUGGGUCUGCAGCUUUCUCCUUCCUGAGCAAGGCCCCAAGUCCUAGCACAGGUGGGCCUGGGACUAGGUACCAGGUGUGGGCCCAGCUCAUUCUGGGGCCUGUGCCUAUCUACCAGGAUCAGAGUAGAACCCAGGGCCUUGACCCCAGUGACGGAGCCUCCAGCCUCUGAGAGGGUGGGGGAGUCCACUGUGGGCCUUCCACCAGGACCUCCCCGAAGUCUACCAGCUUCACAUUACACAAGAGGAAAUAAGUCGAAACUGGAAGCUCAGUCACCUGGGAGGCUUUUUUGGCUCUCUCCACUUCAGACCUCUGCCACCGUGCCAGUUGUUUGGUCCCUGGAGGAACCCAGAACAAAGGUCCAGCGAGCAUAAGCAACCCUGCCAAGCAACACUAACUCAGGGUUCUUUCUAGAACUUGGUAGUAUUUUACCUGCUCUUCCUCGUGUUUUUGGAAUGGUUCUUAUAGUCUCAUUCCGCUGCCCCUAGGACACCCCCCCCCGCUUUUUUUUUUAAACAUUCUUAAUGUUAUCCCUUUAGGUCCCAUUCCAGACUCAAGGAGGUUGUCCCAAGUCCCCUCCCCUGAGGCUGGUGGUCAAAGGAAAGGAAACCGAUGUGCAGUCACUCCCCACAGCUCCCCCAGGUUGGCUGUGACUAAAGUGUAUCUGGAUCUAAAAGGGCAUUGUGACAGUCACAUACCUACCUCGCUGGAGAGCUUUCCUCUCCCCCAGCCUGUGUAGCAGCUGUCAGGGAAGCCAAGGAAUUGAGCACAGGCUGGUUUUAGAGGGUACAUUUGGGAUCUGGGAGUCCAGAGAGGAGGUGGCCCAGGACCAUACCAAAGGUUAGGUGUAGUACGCUGAGAGCACUAGGCUGGCAGGGUGCUGGGAUGUACUUCCUGCCUGGUCCCCUGAGGGUCAGGGGGUCUGGGCUCUGUCCCUCCUCUGCCUUAUGCUCCUGCUCAGGAACUGCCCAGGGCCCCCCCUGCCUUUCUCUUUACUCACCAUCCUUACCUCCCCUGUGCAGUGGGCAGCAGUGCAGUGACACGGGCAGGGUUGCUGUCCCACCCCACAGGUGAGGGAACUGCAGGGCAGAAUUAGGAUUCUCCCGAGGGCUGUUUGAGGGGCAGGGGGUCGGGCAGGAUUAGAUCCUGGGACUCAGUCCAGUGCUCCUAACCUCCCACCAAAAUCCACACCCAGAGGUUCCCACACCCAAGGGUCUCAUCUGCCUCUAGAAAGUGGUGUCUGUUUGCAUCUAGUUCUGAAUAGGGUGGUGGGUUGGUCCCAGCUUAGAAAAUAAAGCAGUGUAGUUGAGAAGCAAGUUCACCAGCAGCCUGGGUUUGAACUCUCUCUGCCUCUUAACUAGCUGUCGGGUCCUGGACAAGUUAUUUAACCUGCCUAUGACUCCAUUUCUGUGUCUAUAAAAUGGGUGAAAGUGUUAAUAGGUGUUGAGUUAAUAGGUGUUAAGUGCUUGGAACAACCCCUUCCCCAGCCCAAGCUCUCAGUGACAACUAGCUAAUCCUGUUUGGGGUGUGUAUACAAUAGGCACUUAGUAGUGACUUAAAACCAGGGCCACUGUUGUCAUCCUCACUACCCUCCUAGGAGGAAGAUACACUUGACCGACCC